CGAUAUCACACUGAAGACAGAGGAUGGAAGGCACCAAAGGCGACGGUCCUGCAGGAACCAGGGAAGGUACACUCCGCCAGCAAUGAGGACCGCUGCUAACUUGCAAGGGGAAGGGAACGAAAAGCUACGAUGGAAGAUCCAGGCAGGCACGCCCCUUCAACGCAACAGAGACAAACGCAGGUUGUCGAGGAUCGUGUGCGCGCUUCUGUAGGGAGGUGUUAUGAUGAAGGCAUAUGCCCGGAUGGACUCCAGCUGGGGGAAGUUGUAGAGGAUGAACAGGGGAGGCGCUUUGUGGUGUAUGAGGAUGUAGACAACAUUAAGGAAGGCUGGUUGAAAGAGCGUACGGUCAUCACAGUCUUUCAAGAAGAGGCAAGGCACCUAUCAGGACAGAUCAAAGAGGACUUGAUCAGAGCAGAUGAGGACGGCUGGAUGUCUCAGAAGAUCUUCAACCCUGAGAUGGGCAGGGGUCGAAUCCGCUUUGAAGGACAAAAUGUGGUUUCCUUUGUGGCAAAGGCGAAGGAAGUGGCAGAUUGGCUGUUGAGGAAAAAAGAAGCGAGGCUGGAGUUAGGACCAAAAGAGUACCUGAGAACCUUUAAGCCGUGGAUACCAAGGCAGGAACUUUGGGAACUCAGACUGCAGGAGGCGGAAACGAACUUCUGGAUAAUUGCGCCGAGAAUCCAGUUAGACGCGUACUAUUACUUGCACGGCGUUGUCAGUAGUAUGUUUGGGGAGGUGGUAGAAAUGCACCCCCCAGAAUACGGCCGGACGAGGCCAAAACUGAUGAACGUAAAACUGGAUCUGCGCCCAGAAGCCAGAUUUCAGGUAGACAAUGAGCUAAUCAUUGAAUCACCGAAAGUUGAAAGAUGGAAAGUGGAGAUAGUCACCCCCUACACCGAUUGGUGUAGGAAAUGCAGGUGGUAUUUCCACAUAGAGGAGAACUGUCCAAGGAACAGACAUAAUGCAGAAAGGAGGAACGAAAGAGGUACAAGAACGGGCGGUCAUCAAGAACGGUUUCGGCAGAAGUUGAGGAACAGAGAACAGCCAGCAGGAGGCGAAGUGACGGCAGUUGGGUCUCGAGGUCCUAGGCAGAAAGGAGUGUCAGGGUCGCAGGACGUGAGGAGGUCUAACGGGAAUGCAACACAGAGGGCACAAGGUCAGGAACUUACGACCUGAACACAGAGUCACACGAGUCGUCUUGCCAACCCGGUCUCCCCACGCAUUGUAUAUCCUCAGGCCAGAUUGGAGGUUAACGGAAGACCAGGCUC